AUGUUUUUCUUUGGCCAAACAGAAAGGAGGAGUGGUGAAAAGGAGUCAGUGGAUGUGGACGAGGAGCGUUCUUCACGUGAGGGAACUUCGACAAACUCAUCCCGAGAUUCCCAGAAUGGACAAUUAUCAUUGCAAACCGAUUCUUCCAUCCCAACUAAUAAAAGAAAGCUUGAGAAUAGUCAAGAGAUUGAAAGUGAGGAUAAUUCUUAUAAAAAAAAAAGGAACGAAGUGCAAUGUAAGCUCGAGAGAUGGAAAAUAGGGAAGGAUGAAAUCGAGGUUGACCUAUUCUGCGUUCAAGGUUGGAGAGAUGAACUCUGUCGCUGCACUAAGCAUCGAAUAGAAUUUAUCUUGCAAGCAGAGGAAACUUAUGAGCCUCCGCAAGAUGACGAAGCGCGUGAGUUAAAUAUAAAUUCCAGUUGA